AACAAAUUAUUAAGAAGUACCUACAUAAAUUAAAAAAAAAAACUGUUACUUUAAUUGUGUUUACAAAUAAUAAAAUUUAAUACUUUAAUAGUGCUUAUAAAAGAAAUAAACUCUACCACCAAAAAAAUUGCUACCACAAAACUUUGGCCGAUAAUUCAGCGAAAAUAGAAUUUACCGCACAAAUUAUCGACUAAUUUUGUUGUCAAACUAAAGUGCCAGCAAAAUACACAAAACUGCAAUAACAAAAACAUUAAGCAAAAUUAAAAUUGCCACAUUUCGUCAUCAGACCAAAAAUUGCCGCAUUGCAGCAGCAGCGUUUGCAUGUAAAUGCUUCGAUAUUUAUGCCUAGUAUGAUGUGUUAGUAAGAAUAAUUUGCAAAAAAAAAUCAUAAAUUAAAAAAAAUUUAAUUGCAAAAAAAUUUUUCUUAAAGAAAACAUAAGUAAAAGUGUUACAAAACAAAGAUAAUUUUUUAAUUUAUUUCAAAACAUUUGAAAAAGUGCAACAAAAAGUGAAAAAAAUAAUUAAAAAGUGAAAAAAAAAUAUUUUUCGGUGUCUGUAAAAAUUCAAAAGUAAGUGCAAAAAAAAAAAAAUGUGUGCAAUGUGUUAAAAAAAUUUAAGUGCAAGCUAGUUGAAGAUAAAGUAAUUCAACGAGUACCAGGCAAUACACAGGAUCUCGUGCAACAUUCAACACCUACAACAACAGCGACAUAUUCACCAUAGCACAAUGUACGUCGUGUUGCUGCUUUUUACGCUGUCGCUGGGACUGACCAAAGGCGCCGUAUUACCAGGUAAUUAAACGAGUCAUAUCAACUUGAAAGCAGUCAACAAAUCAGCAUUUAAGUAAAACGCUCAGCUAAAUCACAUUUAACGAGCAGCGAGAUAACCACCUAGCGCGUUGUUGCUGCCAUUGUCAUUACUGGUUUAGUACAUGUAAAUUUAUACUCAAACUCAACAAGCCAAUCUAACGAAUUUAAUCAUAUUUGGUAAAAACUCACCCUUGUGCAAAAUGGCCAAAUAUUGGGGCAUAUGUGUUAAGCAAACUCCAUGUAUAAUAACGGUAUUAUUACUAAGUUGCAUAAUACCAAUUACUUUUCAAUAUGGCAGCUUGGCAAAACAAGUUACUUUCGACUACGACUGCAGUCAAAUAGAAUGUGCUACGAAUACCGACAGCUGCCCGCCAGAUAGCAUAGAAAGUGAACCUGCGCCUGCAUUCGACGUACUGUAUGGACCCGAGGAGCUUAUGCCACGGCAUGACUUCUACGAUGAGGUGGAUGAUCUCGGCGAUGCGGUGGAGCAACACUUUGAAGAACUACCAAUGGAAUUGAAUGAUGUUACAGCGUUGCCAGUUGCAGCAAAUUCGACUUUAGGUCAGCUGUCCGAUGAUAGAGCCACAAAAGACUUAGAGACUGAAAAAGGACCUGAACUUGUGCUGGUGAAGCGUCAGCUACGCUUUGACAACGGUCCUACCGAAGCCAUAGAUGAGCAUGAGCGCAUGCUACAAAUAUGUUGUCCCACCAUGACACUUGAGAGUCUACAACGACGUCGGAGACGACGUUAUUCUAGUGUAGAAGAUUGCAAGUGCAAGCCCUGCAGGGAACUACCGCAGUGUGCGAACGAUGAAGUUGCCGUAAGAGUGCACGAGGCUAAAGGUGUACCAGGUGACUGUUGUCCAACUUACGUCUGCGCACCGAAAAAAGAAUGUAGCGAUGGCGAUGUCCAACCCUACUGGCGUGAUGCAUGCACACGUUGCAGCUGCCAUGGUGAAAAUGGACCUGAACUUUGCCACAAUGAGUGCCCCAUGAAUGAGAUGGGCGAGAUUGAAACACAGCGCAGUUGUUACGCUUCCGAUUCGAAUGAGCCCAUGAUGCAUGGCAGCGAUUGGUAUGAGAAUAAUUGGUGCACCAAAUGUCAUUGUGAAAAUGGUGAGCGUGAAUGUGUAGGAAGUUUGUGUAUGCCCACCACUUGCAGUAACCCCGUAAAAAUACAUGGACAAUGUUGUCCACAGUGUCCGGUGGGUGUGGAAAAUAUAUUGAUUGCCCACGAGAACUCGACAGACACAAGUAAAUCUAGCCAAGCUGAGAAAGAAUUGCAAAGUGAAUCUACAAGCACAACAACUGUAGCCACAAUACUUGAUAACAGUACCACUAAAGGCUCUCCGGAACUUCCUGCGCUAGCCACUUCCACUUUGACUUCCUUAGAGACGUCCUCAGAAUCGUCAACAGUGCUUAUUGCUAUCCAAAAGCAGUCAGCGAGUAGUGAAGAGAAAACGGAGCUUGCACACCCUUCAAGUACAACCACUGACGUAUCUACGACUAGCACUGACGUAUCGGCGAGUACCACUGAAUCCACAACCACCACAAGAAGCAUUGAUGAUAUUGCAUCCGAGUCUUACUUCGGUCCUGUGGUCCAUACAUCCACUGAGGAGAGUAGUACUUCGACACAUGAAAUAUUAGAACAAACUGGUGAAAAUACAACGCAGUCUGUAUUGGAACCACAAGCUGAUAUUUCUACGUCUACUUCUUCCUCAAAUUCGGAAUCGACAUCCACUGUUGAACCAACACCGACGCCUGCAUUUGUAAGCAGCACUAGCGAAACAGUUUCUACGGAAACUUCUACAUACGAAGCGUCAAGCAGUAAAGAGAAUAUCAAGGAGUUCAGUACGACAAGCGUUUCAAUGGCUGACAACUCUUCGACUACGGUUGCUGCUUCUUAUAAAGAAAUUACAACAUCCACGGAAACUUCACAAGAAACACCGCUCGCCAUUGAUAAUGCUGAGUCUACAACAACCACAAACUUCAAGCCAACUGAAUCGACGACAACCGAACUAGAUUCCAUUAGUUCCACAACCGGAAUUUCUAGUACCACUUCAGCUGAUUCAACUACAACCAUAUCAACGACACCUUUAAUAUCUGUGGAGACAAGCUCUACACAUCUUUACAGUCUCUCAACCAGCUCGCCUCUUCCCAGCACCGCAAGUCCACAAACAUCCACCACUUUCACCACAAAUUCACCAUAUUCCAGCACCGCAGCCACACAAACCGUUUCAACUGUCAUCUCUUGGUACACAUUCUCAACAUCGGCACCCUCACCGCCCAUACCACAGCCCACUGUCUAUCAGCCCAGUGUACGACAGUUCUUCACUCGUCCCGAGGUGCGUUAUAUAGGCGCAACAGUAUUUGUCGCUUUCACAGUCAUAUGCGCGCUGGCGGUGUGGAAAUUUUGUAUGCCAUCACGUAGCGAAAGACUAAAAAAUCAUUAUCGGACGGUGCCCAGCUCGGAAGCGACCAGUUUGAGUCACAUCUCUAGUACGUCGCACUCUUCCAUGGCAUAGAUGGUGACCGCAUGAGAAAGGGAAGUAGGAAAUAAACAGAGAUUAAGUGUUAGAAGGUGCUGCUCAUGAUUCUCAGCAGUGGGCGCAGACUUUUGGAAACUGAAAUACAUAUGUUGUUGUAAGUUGUUGUAGUUAAGAAACUUAGUCAAGUUUAAGUUUAAACUGUCAUGGUGGGUAUGACAUUCUUUAUUUAGUUUUGAGGGUUAAUCGCUGUUAAGAGAAUUAUAAGUAGGUUGAGUCCUGGGCUGCUGAGAACCUUAAAGUGUUACAGUUGUUGGGUCUUUCAAAGAAUUCGAAAUAAAAUCAUGAAUUUAAAUGUCGUAAAUUUUUGAAUAAUAACCAUAUGGUGUAUUUAGCAAAGUCAGGCACCAGACUUGCACUGCUUUGCUUAGCCAACUUCCACACCUGAGUGGAAUUUUCUUAAAUAUUCACUUAUAUCCUGGGCUGCUGAGACCCUUAAAGUACUGAAAAUCAUAGGAUUUUCAAAGAAUUCAAAAUAAAAUCAAGAUAUUACAUAACGUAAAUGUUUAAAUAAUAACCAUAUGGUGUAUUUAGCAAAGUCAGACACCAGACUUGCACUGCUUUGCCUAGCCAAUUCACACACCUGAGUUGACUUUUCUUAAAUAUACGCUCCUAUUACUAUUUCUAGCAGUAUAUGUUGUAAGACCAAGGUUUUGAUCUAACUUAUCUUCAACAAAAAAGUAGUUCCAAUAUGCAAUACAGUUCUGACCCUAACGAACCGCCAUAGGCGUCGUAUUACAUUCUAAGACCAACCGAUCUAAACGGGUUUAGGUCUCUAAAUAACAGCCCUUGGCCGGAUAAAAUCCGAGUCAAUUCCGGUGCGUAGAACCGACUGUGGUGGGAAUUGAGAAACGCGA